UCAGUGGACUCUGGUCACUCCAGCUCUGGAAGCUUCAAGUUAUGUGCUGAGGGUCCAUACGUAGACUCCUCAGAUUGUCCAGUGCCCAAGAGAACCAUUGGGAAGGUACCAUCCCUGGAUGCAGGAGUGUCCAACAAGAACUUCGAGUUCUUCAAGGACAAGAGCAUUACCUUAUCUAUCGACAUUGAUGAUCCAGUUCAUCCUGACCAUCAACAGUUUGAACAGGAAGAGGAGGAGCUGGAGGACAUCUGGAACCACACCAACAGCUACCGAGAGAGUCUAAACUCUGACAUCAUGUAUAAUGGCUACCAGGCCACCUCUUCUCUAGACCAGCACAGGGAACCCUCACCCAAAGAACAAGCAGUGCUCUUCAGGAAGUUGGUCACAGCCUCUGCACCCAACCUUCUUGUGGCGGAGUUCAGACUGCCACCAUCUGUCCAGACUAUGGUGGGUUCUGGGAAGCAGCAGAACCCAAGGGAAGAAAGGCAAAUUCUGGAUAAAGGGGACAGAAGGUCUUGGGCUGCGUUCACUCAACAGGAACAGGUUUACAAACAAGUGGCUGUUAAUGAAACGGCUUCAGAUAUGGUGAAACUACCUGAAAUACAGGACCAGCAAAAGUAUAUCUACCAUUAUAGAGAGGAGGAG